AUGGAGAACAAGAAUACUACCACCCUUACUGAACAGACAUCGGAAGAAUCUAAAUGCAACGAAGAUUCAGUUCUCCCCAUCACUGAGAAGGGACUUUUCUUCCAUGAUUCCUUCUUCGAGGAUAUUCGGAAGCACUUUGAGACAGCCAUCGACCAAAUCCUGGAUACGUGGGGAGAAAGCAAAUCCGUGAGUGAUCUCAUGAGUAGCUACAGACGUGUAAGAGAGCGGAAUUUGCAGCAAGAGAACCAAGUCAUGGCCUUCAGUGAAGACGACCAGAAUCACAAGGAUGUGCUAGAUGUUCAUGACUUCAAGAGUGGAGACGUUAAGGUUAGAGUGGAAGACAAUGAGGUGGUGGUGGAAGGUCGAGUGGAAAAGGAAGAGGACGACUUCAAGUCCAUGAAAAGCUUCUGUCGACGUUUCAACUUCCCAGGCAAAGUGAACAUGGAGGCCGUGACUUCCGCAAUGUCUUCCGAUGGCGUCUUGACUGUUACGGCUCCGAAGAUUCCACAGGCAGCAUAG